AUGACAUCCUCACCACCCUCCCCUUCCGCAAUCAACAAACCGAAUUUCGGACCGAGUGCACCAGAAGAUCAACCUCUACGAAAUGUCAAUGGUCCAACGACCACGACUACCAAUGAUAAUGAGAAGACGGCCAAUCUUAGCAAUUCACCCACGAGGACUUUCAAUUCACGUAAAUUAUCAACUUCAUCUCAAAGAGAUAAAGAUGGAUUCACGCCGUUGAGGGUGUAUGAGAGUCGUGAUGCCCAUAACAAGAAGAUGCCCGAAGCACAAGUAGCCAACAAUGUAGGACCCGCCAAAGCUAUUGCGGCGGGUAUGAUUAAACCUGAAGAUGGACAGAAGAAAUUGGAGAAAUUCAAAUAUUCUUUCUUCUCACCUGAAAUAGCAAUGUUCAGAAAAUUAGCUUUCAAAAUGAUCAUUGGUACUGUCGUAAUUACCAUCUUAGUCAUGUGGAUGACCUUGCCGUUCUAUUGGGGAUCGUUAUGGAAAUCUAAUAGAUAUACCGAUAAACUGACGGUGAGGAUCAUUGAUAGAGAUGGCGGUGAGAUUGGUCAGGCUGUCACCCAAGGCUUGUUGGCACAAACGAAUCUCCGAUACUUUAUCACCUCCCCAUCUGAGUUCCCUGAUAUCGCUUCGAUCGAAGAUGAUAUAGUGAACGAAGGAGCAUGGGCAUCGAUAGUUAUCAAUACCGGUGCGACGACAGAUCUCAACCAAGCCAGAUUGAAUGGAAAUGCCAGCUACAAUGGAUCUUCGGCUAUUGAUGUCUUUUACGCUCAGGCUAGGAUGGAAACUGCCGUAAACAGUUAUCUGUUACCUUAUAUGCAACAGGCUCUCGGGGGGAUCUUAGGUCAAUACAAUGCUAGGUCUGCUGCACAAUAUCUUCAAGCAAAUGCCAACAAUGCUACAGCUAUAAACGCCCUUGCUGCCGCUCCUACUACCGUGUCCAACCCCGUGUGGUAUACUUUGUUCAACUUACGACCGUACAAUCAACCUGUCGCUCAGGCAAUCACUUUAGUCGGAUUGAUUUACAUGUUGAUUUUCUCUUUCAUCAUCACCAUGUCGAACAAUGCCGUUAGGGAAAUCAUCGCGCCCUUCUUAACUACCAGGGCAUACCUGAUUUAUCGAAUUGUCGCUCCACUAUGUCUCUACUUUGUCAUUUCGUUCUUCUUCGCCAUGGUCAAUUUACCGUUCAAGAUCCACUUCGGCGCUCACUUCACCUAUGCUGGAGGAUUCUUCUUAUGGUGGUUCACCCUCUUCCUCGGUAUGGGUGCUGUGGGCUUAUCAACCGAAUUCAUGAUCACUAUCCUUGGCCCGAGAUUCAUCGCGUUCUUCUUAUUGCCCUUGAUUAUCGCUAAUGUAUCAGUCGUAUCUCUUCCUCACGAAUUGCAACCUUGGAUAUACAGAUACGGUGUGGCCAUGCCAUUCUACAAUGCCUCAAGAGUCGUCCGAACAAUCAUCUUCGAUACCAAGAAUGAUAUCGCUGAAAAUCUAGGUAUACUGCUAGCUUGGAUCGCAGUCAACAUCAUCACAAUCACCUUGACGACUUGGCUUUUCAGACGAAAGAGUGUCAAUCAACAUAACAAGGAAGUGGGUGAGAACGAGAUGGAUAAUCUCGAAAGGAUUGAUGAAGCGUGA